CGCAUCACGGUCAUAUGACAAGCGGGCAGUUCCUCCCAAACAUCCUGCUGCUGCUCACAGCCCGAGUGCGUUCACACAAACAAAGCCAAAGUGGGGGAAUUUAUCACUCGGAGAAAUGUUGGCGCUGAUUAACCGUUUCCUAGACUGGGUUAAGUCCCUGUUCUGGAAGGAAGAGAUGGAGUUAACGCUUGUUGGGCUUCAGUACUCAGGCAAAACCACGUUUGUCAAUGUGAUAGCUUCUGGACAGUUCAGUGAAGACAUGAUUCCAACAGUUGGAUUCAACAUGCGGAAGGUCACGAAAGGAAAUGUCACGAUUAAGAUCUGGGAUAUAGGGGGACAACCCAGGUUUAGGAGCAUGUGGGAACGGUACUGUCGAGGAGUGAAUGCCAUAGUGUACAUGGUGGAUGCAGCAGAUCGAGACAAAGUAGAAGCGUCCAGGAACGAGCUGCAUAAUCUGUUAGACAAACCACAGUUACAAGGAAUCCCUGUAUUGGUACUUGGUAACAAGAGGGAUCUACCUAAUGCGUUGGAUGAGAAACAGCUUAUUGAAAAAAUGAACUUGGCUGCUAUUCAAGACCGGGAGAUCUGCUGCUACUCCAUUUCGUGCAAAGAGAAAGACAACAUUGACAUCACACUGCAGUGGCUCAUCCAGCAUUCGAAAACACGGAGAAGUUGAAAGCCAUGUUUCAGAUACAUGUGCUGACAUGUUCUUCUCACGCCCCAUCCUGCUUACUCUGUGAAACUGUACAGUCGUCCCAUCACACUAUUUCCACCACUGCUGAUGUCCCUGUCACACCCAUCAUAACCAAGAGCCAGUCUUCUGAACCUGUCGCUAAAUGAUGUAAGCCUGCAGUUUCCAGCCAACACCUCCUCCUCCUUUGAGAAGAUCUCCCACCUGCUUAAACAAAAGCUCAGCAGCUUCUACAAACUAGCUUCACUUUCUUGAGGGUCUUAACCUCCAAUCAGUCCUAUUUUCAAAUCAUGGGAGAAUGAAGACAUUUCUGUCCCCCCCCCCCCCGCCCCCACCUAAAGUAUACCAGGCCUUGUUCAUGUGAGAAUGUAAUUACGUAUGACUGUUGCCUCUCUCUGUUUCGCUCUCUCUUCUUUUGGCCAAAACGUUUCUCCUGAGAAAGCAGUUUGUAAUAUUUAUCUGAGGAGCGAUUCGAUAAGUCAGCAAAAUAUCUUGACAAGUAUGUACAAAUAUUGAUCACGUAAAUAUUUUUACUAUGUUGAACAGAAAUCUAUUUAAGUGAAUGUAUGGAAGGGUUAGGUGUAGUCGUUCCUUAAACUCAGUGAUGUCUUGCUGUUGGUAUGCUGGGAGGGAGAGGCGGCGAAGUUCAAAGUGCCUUGUGCAGCAGACUUCUCUCUGAAGCGGAACAGUAUGCCAGGUGUGUCUACCUGGAACCCGUUCACCUAUUAAGAAAUUAAAUGAAUAAAAUAUGCAUGCUUUUAAGGUAGAUUAUUGUACCAUUAUGAACAACAUUUUUGCUUUGAUCUCAGUAAAGAAAGGAAAAAUAUUUGAAGCCCUCACUAUCAAUGCACUUUUGUAAAUAUGAACCAAUAAAUAAUUCUUGACAUCUGAAAGAAAAGCAUAUUUUGUAAAUUAAUUAAAUGUCCCAUUAAAUUAAAUGUCCCUCUACUUGGAGAACAAAAUUUAUACAGUUAAAGAUGUGUUUCUUGGAGGUUGUUUAAAUUUUAAUAGUCUCUUAAGACACGUUGACGAAGGGUCUCGCAUAACUCUUAAGACGUUCAAAUGUUGAAUAUCAAAAUACAAGUUAAUAAAAAAAAAGUCACAUGAGAUGGGUACAAAAUUUUCCAUACUGUUUAUAGUGCUUCUUCACCAAACGGCACGGCUUGCCAUGGCUCUGUAACAAAUGUGAGCCCAGGACUAUCAGUAUACUUGCCGAGUGUGUUGCUUUCUCGUUGCGUAAAAUCUGCUUAUGAAAGUAUGAUUUCUUCUGGAGGUUAUCAGGUGGUGACUUGAUGGGCACAAGUACUAAAGUACUACAUGAAAUUCCAAUAAACGAUUUUGAAAAGAAA